AAACAUUGCAGCGAGAAGCCUGAGCUGAGCGUCUCGGGGAGUAAGCGAGCCACACAGCAGCUGCAGGAUGGCCAACAGGCGGGGAGGGCAGGACCUGGAAGCCUUUUUUUAGGUGUGGCCGCCUGAACGAUGGCCAGGAGGAAGAUUCGGAGUACAAGCUCUGAAUCGGCAAGCUCAACAAGUGGUUCUUCUUCUUCGUCAUCAAGCUCUUCUUCCUCCUCAUCUUCUUCCUCCUCGUCUGACUCCUCCUCCUCCUCAGACACAGACCAGUCCUCGGCUGUUUCCACCAGAAGCCGUGGUCGCUCCCGUGCUGCUUCCACUGACCAGGAAUCCCCCCAGAAGCCUACUCCCCCCACUCAGGCUCCUAAAGGGGGGAGGGAACAACCCCCUCCUGCCAACCCCUCUCAGACCCGCCCCCAGACCAGGGGGUCCUCCGAGUCUGAGCCCGAGGCCGCCGCAGCUCCCAGCAAGCGAGGCCCCAAGACCUCGGCCACCACAGUCCCCAAGAGUGUGGUCCCUCCCUCCACAGCACAGCGCAAGAAUGGCCCCAAGCCUGCCGCCCGGCCCCAGCAGGCGGCCGCCCAGAAACCUUCCAGUAAGACAGUCCAGCAAAAGGGAACCAACAAUAGCGUACCACAAAAGAAAUCUGCACAAACCAAAAAGAGUGUUGGGAGUGGCAACGCAGCAGCUACGGACAAAGCCUCAAAGAAGAAGUCCAUUUUCUCCCCAGACAACAGCACAGACUCAGAGGGAGAGGCAAAGAGGCCUGUAAGUAAAAAAGGACCACAGCCCAAGCCUCAGCCCAAGCCACAGCCCAAGCCGCAGCCCAAGGCCCAGCCCAAGGCCACCGCACAGAAACAGCCCGCCACCUCUCAGCCCCGGAAGAGUGCGGCCAAAGUACCGGAGAAGCCGACAGAGAGGUCGUCAGAGUCCUCGACCAACACAUCCUCAGCGUCAUCAGAGAGUGACACUGACAGCUCCUCAGAGUCUUCAGCAUCAGCAAAGUCCUUGUCGGACAAGCCAGUCAUUCAGCAAAUAGUGAGAAGAAAGUCUCAGACAAAGUCUACGCCGGCAACGACAGAGAGUGACAAAGAGGAAGAGGAGGAGGAAGAUGACGACGAAGAGGACACUCCCAGGAAACACGUCACACGGUCCUCCAGCGCAAAGACGAAAAGAGGCUCUUUGCUCGGCAUCCAGAAAGGAACUGAAUCUGACUCAGAGAACAAUGGAAAAGGGAAGGUGCGAAGAGGCUCCAGGAAUGGGGGUCCCAAGAAGCCUGCCGGCCCCCCCACCAAGUCUGGGGCUCGGGCCAAGACGAAAAAGCCUAUUCCUCUGGAUAUCUUGGAGAACACGCCUCUGCCCCCGAUCGAGAAGCGGAAGUGUCCCGUUGAAGGCUGCGACUCCAGCGGCCAUCUGGGAGGACUGUACGAGAGGCACUUCUCCGUCGAUGCCUGCCCGGUGUUCCACAAUAUCACAAAGGACGAAUCAAAGACCAACAGACAGAUCCGAGAAGCAGACACUCAGGAGAGGGAGAAGGCCAAGCUGCUCAUUGGAAGCAAAUCUCCUCGAAAUGGACCAAAUGUGGAGCAGAGAAACUACUGCAAUAAAAUAAGAGACUCGAGGGACAAGCUGAGUGAGCCCCGUCCAGGCGAGGAGGAGAUGGCCGACAGGGACCGCCAGCCCUCCCUCCGAGGCUACACGCCUGAGUGGGACCUCCAGCUCUUCAUGGAGGCCCAGUCAGCAGCCAGCGAGAAGAUUGAAGACGACCUCCGCGGCCUUCCUGACAGCAAGGGCAUCCGGUACAUCGAGAUGGGCCGCUACGAGAUGGAGGCGUGGUACCAGUCGCAGUACCCGGACGACUACAACCAGCAGCCCAAGAUAUACAUUUGUGAGUUCUGUCUCAAAUACAUGCGCUCCAGAACGAUACUACAGAGACACGCGGCCAAGUGUGUCUGGAAGCACCCACCUGGGGAUGAAAUAUACAGGAAGGACAAGUUGUCUGUGUGGGAAGUGGACGGCAAGAAGUACAAGAUAUAUUGCCAGAACCUGUGCCUAUUAGCAAUGCUCUUCCUCGACCACAAGACCUUGUACUACGACGUGGAGCCUUUCCUCUUCUAUAUCAUGACGCAGGCGGAUGGUGAGGGCUGCCACAUCAUCGGGUACUUCAGCAAGGAGAAGAACAGCUUCCUCAACUACAAUGUGUCUUGCAUCAUGACGCUGCCUCCUUACCAGCGGCAGGGCUUCGGCAGGCUGCUCAUCGACUUCAGUUACCUCCUGACCAAGACUGAAGGGAAGAUUGGCUCCCCUGAGAAGCCCCUAAGUGACCUUGGCCUCAUCUCCUACCGCUCCUACUGGAAGGACCUGCUGCUCAAUUACCUGGCAAGCUACACUGAGAAGAACGUCUACAUCAAGGACAUGAGUGCAGAGAUGGCCGUCAACGCCUAUGACAUUGUGAGCACCUUCCAGGCCAUGGGCAUGAUGAAGUACUGGAAGGGCAAGCACAUCAUACUCAAGCGACAGGAUCUGUUGGAGGAGUUUUUGGAGCGGCAGAAGCGGCGAAGAGCAGACUAUAAAGAGAUAGACCCCAAGUGCCUUAACUGGCGCCCCUACGUCCCGCCCCCCGCCUCCGAGGAACCUCAGUCCAACUGCAACAAGAACAAGUCCAUCGCGGCCAACAAAGCGGCUGCUGAUAGGAAAAAGGCCAAAUCAGCUUCUUCAUCUUAAUAUCAAUAAUCUCUUUAAUUUAUAUCCAAACUUUCACCAGUGAGGGUAGCCACCAGAUAGUGUACUUCAUCCUAAGGAAGCCGCACGGCCAUAGAUGUACCUGUGUAGUCAAAGGUUUUUAGAAAUGUUUAAGAGUUUUAUCCAUAGAAACUUUUAUCUCGUGAACCAGACUUAAAAUGUCGGUCAUAUUUUUUAAGGAAAAGAGAUAUUCAGAAUUUGUUUAAAGGAUAGGUUUUGUUUUACUGAUGAGGAAUAUAUUUAGGCUCCUUAUUUGAAAAUUUUAUUUCUGAAAAAUCAAAGUGUACAGAUAUAAUAAAAAAAUUAUAUAUUAUAGGCAGAACGUUCCUGGGAUCUGAGAUUUUGUUCAAUACUUGUAAGUCAUUUGAGUCUUGUGGGUUGUUAGUGUACACUGACGUGCAGGUGUCUGCCUAGCUAGAGGACACCUCCAAAGGCUGUGGGAAGUGAACAUGCUAAGUGACCUGUUAUAUUCCAUAGCGUCUUAUUUUAUAUUUUGUUUUAGCCUCCCGCCCCAUAAUUACUAGUAGAAUAAUAAUGACAGGAGCACAGUUAAUAGGUGAUGCCUAGAGCUUUCUUGAGGGAUGCUGGAGGCUGAGGUGUUGAGGACAGCAAUCAGUCCCCAGUGAUGAGGUGGUGAGGUGUUCAGUGUGGCCUGAGGGACGCUGAUGGUGGGUGGGAGGAAGCUCUCCAGGGGUGUGGCCGGCCAGGGCUGGUCAUCCCCUUUUAGUACAAUGUUCUGCUCUUUUAAUGAAAGGGUCAGAUAUUCUCUUAAUAUAGUAAAAUGUUUUAUGUUAUUUUGUAAGUGAAUUCUUCAUGGCUCAGGAUAAUUGUCCCUGCAUUGCAAAUGCACUUUCUUCACUCAAAACAUCUCUUUACUGCAGCACAAUUAUCAUUUCUGUGUAAUGUUAUAGGAUGUUUCUUGUUCAUGUGGGAGAAAUGGUAAUGCAUUUGAGUCAUAAUGAUUCUAGCUGAGAGUAACACAUGCUAUUUUUGGUAAGUGUUAAAUCUGUAUACAUAUGUAAGUAGAAAUUAGCUCUUUACAGUCCUUAGGGAACAUUUCUGUAGAGAUCAUUUAACUGAUAAUGUAUAAAUUACAGUAAGUCUUUUCUCACUAUGUGUAAUAACUCCUGCUACACUAAAGGAUUCUCAGUAUUCAUAGUUGAAUACCAGCGGUGGAGCCGAUGCUGCAUUUUGCUUUACUUCAUUGCCUCUGUGUAUAAAUCAGGUUGAUUUUGAUGGUGUACUGCAACAGUAUUUUAUAGAAAGUAAAUAUUUUGAAAACUUGACACUUCAUGAAAAUAAAAAAAAUAAAAAAACAUUACAGCAGAACUACACUGUCAUGAAACUAACUCUUGACUAAAGGACCAGAUAUGAUGUAGUCAGCAUUUACCAGUGAUCAAAUAAGGACUCAUCAGCCAAUGUCUCCCUGGAGUCCCUGCGAUGAGGUUCUGCUGUGAUGCCCGACACAUGAUGGACACAAGGAUCAUCUGAACACUUUUUAUGACCAGCUAGGGAAACAGACUUCAAAGAUGCUUUGUUUGAGGAGCAGAAUGCCACGUUGACAGCAAUAACUUUUUCUUGUUACAGUCAGUGAUGUCGCUUGAGCCAUUGAAUUAAAUAUAAAUUAAGCAAAUUUUAUCUGUAAUUUUAUCAUGAACUAAGUAAGUUUACUGUUAAUAAAAGAUUUUUUUAUUA